UAAACGACCACCAUCGACCCUCGUUUGGAAUUUCUGAGGUUGUUGCCGGACACGUCUUUUUUGUUGGUUCUCUCCCGAUCGCAGUUACGAUUGUAAUCACACAGUGCCUUUCUGUGAAACCCUAAUCGAUUAACCGAACCCAAUCAUAUCCCAAUUCUUAAACGCUCAAUUCAGCAAUACAAGGUUUUCCUCAUUGUAAUGUUUAGAGAAGCAAGCUAUGCCAUUUGUCUUUUGGUUUGAGAGCUAAUUUGUGAUUUUGAAUGGAAAAGAAAAGAUUAGAUGACUAUGAACCAGGUCCAGUUCCUUCACCAAGAGCAUUGGAUAGAUUUGGGUUUGUAAAACCGGACGUUAAUACUUCUGAUGGCUUACUUAAGAGUAGAUCAGCAUCUGAGAAUGAGAGAAUUAGGGAGGAGAGAAAAGUUAGAAAAUGGAGAAAGAUGAUUGGGGUUGGUGGGAGUGAUUGGAAGCAUUAUCUGAGGAGAAAACCUCAUGUUGUUAAAAGACGCAUAAGGAAAGGAAUUCCUGAUUGUUUAAGGGGCCUUGUUUGGCAGUUGAUAUCUGGAAGUCGAGACCUUUUACUGAUGAAUCCUGGAGUUUAUGAGCAACUAGUCAUAUAUGAGACAUCAGCCUCUGAACUAGAUAUAAUUCGAGACAUUUCUCGGACCUUUCCCUCACAUGUAUUCUUCCAACAGAGACAUGGACCUGGCCAGCGGUCCCUCUACAAUGUUCUAAAAGCUUACUCAGUCUUUGACAGAGAUGUAGGAUAUGUUCAGGGGAUGGGGUUUUUAGCAGGUCUUUUGCUUCUUUAUAUGAGUGAGGAAGAUGCAUUUUGGUUGUUGGUGGCAUUGCUGAAAGGAGCUGUUCAUGCCCCAAUGGAGGGCUUGUAUCUGGCAGGAUUGCCUCUGGUACAGCAGUACCUCUCUCAGUUUGAAUGCUUGGUGAGGGAGCAUCUACCGAAGCUAGGGGAACAUUUUUCCCAAGAAAUGAUAAAUCCUAGCAUGUAUGCAAGCCAGUGGUUCAUAACUGUAUUUUCAUAUUCCUUUCCAUUCCAUUUGGCUCUUCGAAUUUGGGAUGUCUUUCUCUAUGAGGGUGUUAAAAUUGUUUUUAAAGUUGGCUUGGCCUUAUUAAAGUACUGUCAUGAUGACUUGAUUAAACUACCUUUUGAGAAACUGAUACAUGCCUUGAAAAACUUCCCUGAUGACGCAAUGAAUCCAGAUACAUUAUUACCGCUGGCUUAUUCCAUUAAGUACAUGUGAGGAAUAUGGACAAGAGGAUUUGCAAGGAUGACAAAGUCACACCGGAAGAGAUCCUAACUAUCCAGCUUGGGGUUUUGGUUCUUGAUGGGCUUGCUGUGAGUAGGAAGGAGAAACCAAACAAACUAUAAACCCCGGGAUUAAAAGAAGGAUAACAACUGGUGUCUAGGAGCAAUAUAUUAGAAGUGAUUUUGGAGACAGAAGGGAUUGACGGAGCAAACAAACUAUAGGACAAAUUACAGUGAACCAACUACUCCCUCUCAGGAAAAGACCCUCCUCAGAGAGUUCCCCUUUACCCCCUUAAUGCAAUUACUUCUUCCAUACCUCCCUCCCUCCACUCUCUCCCCCUAUAACCAACUCAUCAUCACUAUUUCCUUCCUCACCAUUCAGAGCAUGCCACUAUUUUUUUUAGCCUCAGCCAAAUACUGCAAUGGCUCAUCAGUCCUCAGCCAAUGCUGGGUUAUUGUGCUUCUUUUAAUUAUUAGGCUAAUGCUUAGUUAGUUCUUUAUCAUGUGUUGAUGGAAUAAUUAAUAAAUUGUUUCAGGUUUGUUUCCAUAUCCCUUUGUAAUUCUGUUUCUCCUGAACCAACAAUAAUAAUAACUAAUUGGUUAUAAUUAUAACACUACAUGAUGGACAGUAAUGCAUGAUGUGAUUAGACUAUAUAAUACCCAUUGCUCAGAAGAUAUAAUAUUUGUUCAAGUGGGAUAUAAUUCUAUGAUUACACAUCUACAUUAUUGUUCUUAUCAGAUAUCCAAGCGUUUAGAGGAACUGCAACAAGAGUAUGAGAAGAAGAAUGGAAAGAUCACUCGAUCUGGAGAACUUUCUGAAAAGCAAAUACUUCCAAGGGUUCAGAAAGGAGAAGCAGGAGAAUAAGAAGCAGAAAGGUUAAGUUGGACCUUCAGAACUAUUUGUAAAGCAUAGGCCUCCCAACAAAGGUCUCUUUUGCCUGCUGGGAACUGAGCCAAUGUGAAAAUCAUACCCUUAGAUUCUAUGUUGUGACCAUAUCUUGCAUCUGUGUACAGUUUUAUUAGUUACCAUAUGAAAGUUUGUUUCAAUGAUAUCAAAUUCCAAACUUUGUAAUAAAUUACUUAUGAAUGUCCAUUAGCAAAAAUUGAACCAAACACCUUUUUGCUA